AAUUGCAAAACGAAAACGAGACUUCGAUGAGCAAAAAUCAUAUUCGUUGGGAUCCGAAAUACGUUGCAGAUAACAUAAUUAGUGUGACUCAACUCAUCAAUUCAAUAACAGUCCGUCGCUCUCUCUAUAGACUAAAAUAUUCAAAAUGCCAGAUUUGAUAACCACAUUGAGUAAGGACAAGCCAAUUCAGACAACAGCAGAAGAAUCCCUUGCGCCUCAAAAUUUCUCUCCAACUGCUGAAGUUUACUUACUUCCACAAAAACCAGUGGUAUGGAGAAGUUUCUUUGUUUUUAUUGGCCUUGCUGCGAUUGUAUUGAUAUAUUUUGGUAUAAGAGCAAUACGUCUAAAGCGUAAGAAGUCAAGAAAAUAUGGAGUGUUAACCAACACUGAUAUGGAAUUGACUCCUUUAGACGCCGAAGAUGAAGAUGAUAUGACUCUCUUCGAUAGAACAAGAAAGUGA